CAAAGCUGUGGUGUCUGGUGUGGCUCCGGGGCAGCAGCAGGAGGCGGGGCGGGCGGCGACCCAGCACUCCGUGAGGUCCCUGAGACAGCGGACAGGCCAACCGGCGGCAGAGGGGCAGGCGGCAAGCAGCAGCAGCGGGAGCAGCUGCUCGGUGGAGGGGCGAGCCCCCUCCCUUCUCGGCGUCGUCGGCGUCGUCGUCGCCCUCCUCCUCCUCCUCCUCCCUCUCGCGCGCUCUCCCUCCCCUGCCCAGAGCCAGCAGCCGGGAUUUCAGUAUUAUGGCAUCGAGGAGAAUGGAGACUAAACCCGUGAUAACGUGUCUGAAAACCCUCCUCAUUAUCUACUCCUUCGUUUUCUGGAUAACUGGAGUUAUCCUUCUUGCUGUUGGUACCUGGGGGAAGCUAACUUUAGGCACGUAUAUUUCUCUCAUUGCUGAAAACUCUACUAAUGCCCCCUAUGUUCUCAUUGGGACGGGUACCACAAUUAUUGUCUUUGGCUUGUUUGGAUGCUUUGCCACUUGUCGUGGGAGCCCAUGGAUGCUGAAACUGUAUGCCAUGUUCUUGUCCCUGGUUUUCCUGGCUGAGCUGGUGGCUGGUAUUUCGGGCUUUGUGUUUCGCCAUGAGAUCAAGGACACCUUCCUUAGGACAUACACUGAUGCCAUCGUGUAUUACAAUGGAAUCGACGAGAAGAGCCAUGCAGUGGAUGAUGUACAACAGAGUCUGAGUUGCUGUGGUAUCCAGAGCUACACCAACUGGAGCAUUAGCACUUACUUUACCAACCAUGGCAUCCCCCCAAGCUGCUGCAUGAAUUCCAGUGACUGUAAUACCCAGGACCUGCAAAACAUGACAGUUGCCGCUACUAAAGUAAACCAAAAGGGCUGUUAUGAUUUGGUGACCAGUUUUAUGGAGACAAAUAUGGGCAUCAUAGCUGGAGUGGCUUUUGGAAUUGCAUUCUCACAGUUGAUUGGAAUGCUGCUGGCAUGCUGUCUGUCCCGAUUUAUUACUGCCAAUCAGUAUGAGAUGGUGUAACAAGGUUUUUUUCCAAUCUUACCUAGCUUCCCCCUCCCCAAAACCACUAUCCCCAAACAAGAAGAAAUGUAACAUAAUGUGAAGAUACUUGAAAACAAAAAAUUAAUGUCAAAAAUAUCCUACAGGAGAAUUUGUUCUUUUAAUGUUCUUUUGCAUCUUUGAUUCUUAAUCAAUGUUGUAUGCCUUGUGUGUUUGCCAGUAGGCCUUUGUUUAGUGCAUUUUUGCCUCUGAAUUGGAACCUGUGUCAUAUUAUUACUAAGCUACGUUAUUUGCUUACUGUGAAGGCGGUGAUUUUGCUUCCCUUUUAUAAAAUAACUAUGGACUAAUUAAAUUGUACUGUAAUGCAAUCUUCCCAUUUUUUUCUUUCAUUCUCCUUUUGCAUUGAAGUUGCCACAAAAAUACAUUGUCAGAUCAAUCAAAAUUUUAAAGGGCAUAUGGAAUAUUUUUGGGGGUGGGGAACAAAAGUUUAAGACCUUUUUAAAAAAAUAGGAAUUUUUUAAUAAGGCCUCUGUCUAGCAUGCCAACAAGAAUGCAUUGAAU